GCGUAAACACCUGCGCUCACUAUUUCUACAAUGGGUUAAAAUAGCUCAAUUUUUUGUUUUGAUUAAUCAAAAAAAAAAAAAAAAAAAUUUAUUACGCCACGAUUCAAUUCUGGAACAAAAAAAUAAAACAAACAAUAAUUUUUAGAAGAAAAAAAAAUGUCUCAAUGGUAUCACCGUAAUCCUUUGAAAAGUACUGCUGCAUUAAAAUUUAAUCUACCUCUAAAAUCGGCACAAACAUCAGCAAUUCAGAUAUGUGUUGCAUUACAGAAAGCUCGUGCUACAAUCAUUGAAUUGAUUCCCGAUCCAAGUUCCGAUGGUACCAUUAUUCAUGAAACAAUCAAAACCUAUCUUUCACUGUUACAAGGAUUUAUUCUUUGUUUCCAUUUGGAUAAAGAUCGUUCACCAACACAAACUUCAAGAUUAAGAAAUUUAAUACCAUUUAAAUGGACCAAUUCGGUUAUCGGAACAACCGAAAAACAUAAUGAUAGUGUAUUUGAAUUGAUUUCAAUUCUUUAUGAAUAUGCAUUAUGGUUGAUGAAACAUUCGACAUGGAUCGCAGCACAGGAUAAAAUCGAUAUGGAUUCAGCUAAACAGGUACAUAAUUCAUUAAAACGUGCAGCUGGUAUUUUCAGUUUCAUUCAAACUCAUUGGGUUGGACAAUUAACGGAAAAAUUGGCCACUGGUUCCGAUUUAGAUAUACACGUCAUCAAUGCCUAUCAGGUAACAUGUCAGGCUGAAGCACAAGAAGUGACCAUUGCUCGUGCAAUUGAAAUGAAACAUAAUGCAUCAUUGAUUUCAUCACUUGCACAUCAUACAUUUGUAAUGUUUAGUACGGCUGCAACUUCGAUUAAAUCGUUGAAGAAUAAAAUGUUCAAUAAAUGGUUAACAUAUUUGGAAUUGAAAGCGGCUGUAUAUGAAUCUUAUGCUUAUUGCUAUCUAGGUGAAUCAUUAUUGGCGCAAGAAAAAUGUGGUGAUGCUAUACGAGCAUUGGAAGAAAGUGAAAAACAUUUUCAACGUGCACAAAAAUUAUGUCGUGAAUAUAGUUCGAUAAAAGAACAGGUGAAAAAUGGUAUGAAUGCCAAAAUUGAUGAACAUUUAUUCUUCCGUAAUCUACGGCCAUUGGUAGCACGAAUCAAGGAAAAAUGUGUCCGUGAAAAUGGUUUCAUUUUUCAUCAAAAAGUGCCUACUGAUUGUCCAUCAUUGGAAUCCAAAGCAACACAUGGUUUAGUGGCACCCGAAGAAUUUACAUUACCAACAUUGAAUGAAUUAUGGAAUAGUGAAGCAUAUUUUGCCUUUGAUAUUGCUGUUGAUCAGAAAAAAAUCAAUAAAGAAAAAGAACCACAGAUUGAAGAGAUAAAAGAGAAACCGAUACAAACAUCACAUGAUCAAUCAAAUGAAAGUGGAUGUUCAAUACAAUAAUCAAUGGGAUACAACAACAACAACAACAACAACAACAAGAAGACUCAAAAUUUGAUUUAUUCAAAUGAUUCUUUGCAUCAUUUUCUAGUCUAAAUUAAUAUGAAACACGUACAACAAUAACAGUAAGAAAAAAAACAUGAUUUUAUUUCAAAAAAUCAUCAUCAUCAUCAUCAUCAUCACUAAUUAUUAUUCGUGCAACUAACUAAUCAAACAUUUUAGCAAUAUACAGGAAAAAUUGUCAAUUUUUUUUUUUAAAUUUUGUAUGUCAAAUACAUUAUUGUUUUCUUUCUUCUUCUUUAUUUCAAUUCAUUUGAUAUGAUAAUAAUAAUAAUAAUCUUAUCUUGACGAUCUAAUAUUUAUGAAUGUAUCAACACUAGGUGUUGAUUUAUGACUAACAACUUUGUCAUCAGAAUCAUAAAAUAAAAAAAAAUGACAAAGACAGAAAUUUUUAUGACAUGAUUUU